UUGAAAGGAUUGGUGACUUUCGAUGCAGCGACGGCAGCGGUGAACAGUGACGAGAAAGCAGAAUCAGCGAUUGCAUGGGAUAUGGGCAAUCGAUUGGAGUCUUAUGAAUUGAAACUGAUGCAUUUAGCUCGUGCAUCGAAGAAAGACUGCAGAAGUGGUAAAUUUGAGAGCACAGAAGCGAUGUCUAAGAAACUGAUCGUUUAA